AGAGGUGGAGCACAAUUAGCUGAUCCUCUGCAGGUGAAAAUCAUCUGCACAGAGGUGGGUGAAAACACUGCAGAGUGAGCUGAACACUGGCACUAACAUCCAGUGAGCUGCAGACAGAGAGUGAGGUCUGGCACAGCCAAGUAAAUAUGGCCGCCUUUAAAAGCUUCUUGGAUAAUGUCGUCCGUCGUAAAACCCCCACAAAUGACGGCAGCACAGGGCCAGUUAAGGGGAAACCCGUGUUUUAUGGAACAGUCCCUCCAUAUCCGAACUUCAACGCCAGCAAUGAUGCUGCAGUUCUUAAGAGCGCCAUUGAAAGUAAAGGAGUGGAUGAGGAUGUGAUCAAUGCAGUCCUGGUGAAGAGAAACAACGAGCAGAGGCAAAAAAUUAAAGCUGUUUAUGAAGCAAACGCUGGGAAGAAGCUGGAAGUUGCUCUGAAGAAAGCUCUCAAGUCAGAUCAUGAGGACAUCUGUCUGGCUCUGCUCAUGCCACCGGCUUAUUAUGAUGCCUUCCUAUUCAGGAAAGCCACAAAGGGUGUAGGAACAAAAGAGGACGUCCUGGUAGAGAUUCUGGCAACCAGAACAAACCAAGAGAUUUGUGAGAUCAAGAAGGUUUUCAAAGAAGAGUACAAAGAAGAGUUAGAGGAUGUUAUUAAGAAUGAGACCAGUGGUGACUUCAACAAGGCCCUUCUUGCCAUGUUACAAGCAAACAAAGAUGAGAGCAAUGUAGUCGACAUGGCCCAAGCUAAAAAAGACGCAGAGGCCCUGUUUGAGGCAGGAGAGAACACAAAAGGAACCAACGUGUCCACCUUCAUCGAUAUCCUGACCACGCGGAGCGGGCCACAGCUCGCACAGACAUUCCAGCAAUACACCUCUGUCAGUGACAACACAUUCCCUAAAGCCCUGGAAAAGGAGAUGAAACAUGACAUUAAACACUGUUUAAUGGACAUUGUGAAAUGUGCCUGGAACACACCAGCUUUCUUUGCUGAGAAGCUCCAUCUGGCUAUAAAGGGCCUCGGCACAAAUGAGGCAACGCUGACCAGAGUGCUCGUGAGCCGCUCUGAGGUUGACCUGAAGAAGAUUGUGGAGGAAUACAGGGCCAUGUAUGGCACUAGUCUACAGGAGCACAUAGUGAAAGAUACCAGUGCAUAUUAUCAGAAGAUCCUGAUUGGACUGUGUGGAGCCGGUUGAAAAAACUCAGAAAUGUAGUCAUAAGCUCAUGAGAAAAGGUGGAGGAGUCAAAUAUUUUCUCUGCAAUCUUUUGAAGACUAUAAUCUCACCAAAGUGCUCAUCCUGUGAUAUGUUUAUAACAGUUUGGAAUAAGGUCAUGGAUUGCAAAUUGUGGAAAAAAGUGAUUUAAAAUAACCAGUGAGAAAUAAAAAUCUUUAAAUGACUGCCACA